GUUCUUGCUGAUGAAAUCAAAAGCGGCGAUGAGGAGUAGGGUUCGAGCUAAGAAGCCUCCCUCCGCCGUGCCGGAAAAAGAUUUCAGCGACACCUGUUGUGAGAAAUGUGACUCCGGCGAAUUCGCCGACCAACUUCUAUUGUGCGAUAACUGCGACGGAGGAUUUCAUCUGUUUUGCCUCCGACCGAUCCUAGUUUCCGUUCCCAAAGACUCCUGGUUCUGUCCUUCUUGCUCCCGUCAAAAGAAAGAUAACUACAAGUUUCCCUUAAUUCAGACCAUAAUCAUCGACUUUUUCCGGAUAAAAAGGCAUUCAGAGGCAAGCCAGGAAUCGGUUCAAGAAAACAAAAAGAAGAAAAGAAGAAGAGUAAGUAAUCUGGCAUUAUUAAAGAAGAAGAGGAAAAAGCUUUUGGCAUUCAAUCCAAGUGAUGAUCCCGCUAGGAGACUAGAACAACUGGCCUCGCUGGCUACCGCUUUGACUUCAACCUGUGCUGAGUACAGCAACGAGCUCACUUACGUCAUUGGAAUGGCCCCUAAAUCUGCAAAUCGCUCUGCUUUGGAGUGUGGUGGAAUGCAGGUAUUGUCAAAAGAGGAUCUUGAAACCUUAAAUUUGUGCAAAAGUAUGAUGGAAAGAGGGGAAUGUCCACCUCUAAUGGUUGUUUAUGACCUAAAAGAAGGGUUUACUGUAGAAGCAGAUAGAUUUAUUAAGGAUCUAACAAUAAUAACCGAAUAUAUUGGAGAUGUUGAUUACUUGAAGAACAGGGAAAAUGACAGUGGAGAUAGCAUUAUGACUCUGAUUUCUGCUUCUUAUCCAUCAAGAAGCCUUGUUAUUUGCCCUGAUAAGAGAAGUAACAUUGCUCGGUUUAUCAAUGGCAUAAACAAUCACUCAGUGGAUGCCAAGAAAAAAGUGAAUGUAAAGUGUGUGAGAUUUGAUGUAAAUGGUGAGUCGCGAGUUUUGCUGAUAGCUAAUAGAGAUAUAUCGAAAGGAGAAAGACUGUAUUACGACUACAAUGGAUACGAGAACGAGUAUCCAACAGAGCAUUUCGUUUGAUACACACACCUCAAACUUAUCAUCUGCUUUCUUUUGAUCAAACUUGUUUUGGUUGAAGGUAUUAUCCAUUUAUUAUUACAAGCAUUUUACUUUUAACUGAUUUUAUAUAUAUACUUUCUUUUUAAGAGUUUGGAUGGA